AUGUGUGUAGAAGAUCGUUGGAAGGCCGUACGGCAGCAUCAGCUCUGUCGUCGCUGCCUCGGCUCUCAUGGGCGUUGGCCAUGUAAAGCGGAUGUAUGCGGAGUGGGGCGAUGUUUGGAGAAUCACCAUCGUCUGCUUCACUCGCCGAAGCAGAACCCUUCAGAGAGGUCGACAGUUAGCAGUAAUACAGUGUCAUUGCAUCAUCUGUCGCACGAAUCAACACUGUUUCGUGUGAUUCCAAUCAGGUUGUAUGGGAGGAGUCGUUCAGUGGAGACGUUCGCGUUCCUUGACGAUGGAUCAUCGAUUACGAUGAUGGAGCAAGAGCUAGCUGAUCAACUAGCCGAACGAGGAAAACCAAAUCAGCUGUGUUUGCAAUGGACUGGUGGUGUUACAAAAAGGAUUAAUGAUGCGCAGGUGAUGACGUUAAAGAUUUCUGGACGCGAUGUGCAAAAGCAAUACACAUUGAAUGACGUUUACACCGUUGACAAUCUGGAUUUGCCUGUUCAAUUAUUUUGUCAUGAGGAUAUGGCAAAGAAACAUCCACAUCUCCAAGGCAUACCUGUAGGAAGUUAUCGGCAAGCGACUCCAAGGGUCCUGAUCGGACUGAGCAAUGUUAAAUUACUUACAUCGUUAAAAACACGCGAGGGUCGCCAAGGAGAACCAGUCGCAAGCAAGACUAGACUUGGUUGGACUGUAUAUGGUUCAAAUAGCUCACGUUCAGCGCAGUACAUGCAUCGAACGUUGCAUAUCUCUACAAAAUCACCAGAUGAAGAGCUGAAUGAGCUCGUGAAGCAAUAUUUUUCUGUUGAGAGCUUUGGUGUGGCCGUAGUUCCAGUAGCUGAGGGGAGUGAAGAUAGACGUGCUCGAAUCAUUUUGGAAGACACGACAGUGCGUACUAGAUCUGGGAAGUUUGAAACCGGAUUGUUAUGGCGGCAUGACUACGUGGAGUUUCCGGAUAGUCGACCAGCAGCAGUUAAAAGAUUAGUUGGCCUCGAACAUAAGUUGAGUAAAAAUUUGUACGAAAAGGUUCGUGAGCAAAUUUGUCAGUAUGAAAUCAAGGCAUACGCGCAUAGAGCAACGAUAGACGAAUUGAAGCGGUUUGAUCCUCGGCGCACGUGGUUUCUUCCGCUUGGUGUGGCUCUGAAUCCAAGGAAGCCAGAGAAAGUGCGAGUGGUCUGGGAUGUAGCGGCAAAAGUCAACGGAGUGUCUCUAAAUUCGAAGUUGAUGAAAGGUCCGGAUCUAACAGCUUCACUCACGGCAGUUUUGUUUCUAUUUCGUCAAAGGCAAGUAACAGGCGACAUAAAGGAAAUGUUCCACCAGCUGUACAUUCGUCAACAAGAUCGGCAAUCCCAGUUGUUCUUGUGGAGAGAUGAGCCGACAAAACCUAUCGAAACGUAUGUGAUUGAUGUCGCAACUUUUGGGUCUACUUGUUCACCGUGUUAUGCACAAUACAUCAAAAACCGAAAUGCUGAAGAACAUAGAGAGGAGUACCCGAACGCAGCAGAUGCUAUAAUCAAAAACCAUUACGUGGAUGACUACCUAGAUAGUCAAGAUACUCCAGAAGAAGUGAUUCGGCUACUGCUACAAGUGAAAAAGGUUCACCAAAGAGCUGGUUUCGAAAUAAGAAAUUGGUUGUCGAAUUCGAAAGACGUCUUGAGACGGGUCGGGGAUUCCAUCCCGACUUUAUCGAAGAACUUUGUGGUUGGCAAAGAAGAAGGAAUGGAACGUGUUCUCGGGAUUGUGUGGAUUCCCCGUGACGAUAUGUUUCGCUUCACCAUAGUUUUCCGUUCAGACGUACAAGACAUCGUAGAGAGUGAUGAUGUUCCUACUAAACGGCAAGUGUUGAGAGCAGUGAUGAGCAUUUUUGAUCCACUUGGAUUGAUCGCGUCUGUAACUAUUCACGGAAAGAUACUAGUUCAGGAGUUGUGGCGACAAAAAAUAGGCUGGGACGAUUGUAUUCCGGAAAAUAUAUGGGGCAAGUGGAAGCGAUGGAUAUAA